CAAGCAGUAAGUUAACACCCAUACACUUUGACUUUGAUUAUGGAUGUCAAUGUGUGUUUUUUUUUUGUAAAAUGUUUUUUUAAUGAUUCUUACCUUCAUUUUAAGUUGGCGAUGUCCAUUCAUGUGGCAGCUGAAGCCCUCCCCCCACAACCCACGGAACCACUCCCACCCCAACCGCCGCAAGCCCUCCAACCCCAACCGGCUCCUUAUCCUGCAAGGCAACAGAGGCGUGCUAGGCUACCAAUUUUCCGUACCAGUGUCCUCCUUUUUGGGAUGCCUGAUGAUGUGGUAUUGCGCAGAUACAGGCUGCCACCUCAUCUAAUCCUAGACACUCUCUCCAUAAUAGAGAGUGAUCUAGAACAAUCCAUUAGGUAUCCUACAGCAAUACCAGCAUUGACACAAUUCCUUGCUGUGUUACAUUUUGUUGACACUGGGUCCUAUCAGCAUGUGGUGGGAGAUCUGGUUGGCAUGUCGCAGGGCAAGUUCAGUAAGGUCCUGCGGCGUGUCAGCCAGGCUUUCAUCAAAAGAGUUAAGCAAUUUAUAGCUAUGCCUUUGGAUGUUGGUGCCCUGGAUGUGGUGAAGCGGCAAUUUCAGGAAGGUGGUAGUAGCUUCCCACACGUUAUUGGGGUUGUGGAUGGAACACAUGUAGCUAUUGUUGCACCAAGACAUAAUGAAGAAAUUUAUAGAAUCAGGAAACUGUUUCAUUCUCUGAAUGUAAUGGUUGUUUGUGGGCCAUCCCUCCAGGUCCUGUCCCUGAAUGCAAAGUUCCCGGGGAACUCACAUGAUGCACAUGUCAUUAGACAAUCAGGGAAAUGGCAGAGAUUAAGAUCAAGGGAAGGCCAAGACAUGUGGUUAUUGGGAGACCGUGGAUAUCCUUGCACCCCAUGGCUCAUGACUCCUUACAGUAAGCCCAGGCCAGGACCACAGACGGCAUUUAACUCUGCGCUUACUGCCAAUAGACAGCUGGUGGAGCGCACGAUUGGUGUCCUUAAAGGGCGUUUUUGUGUGCUCCACAGCACUGGUGGCGACAUCAUGUAUUCGCCGGAGAUGGGCAAGCACAACGGCGAGCAGUGGCUGGCAGAAGAGGCCAAAUUCAGGCCAACAACCAUCUCCGCCAACCUCCCUUCUGUGGCCCACUCCCCCUCUCCGGCCCACUCCCCCUCUCCGGCCCACACCCCCUCUCCGGCCCACUCCCACUCUCCUUCACAAUCCACCUCUCUUUCAAAAAACCCCUCUCCGGCCCAAACCCACUCUCUUUCCCAAUCCCCCUCUCCCGCCCAAUCACACUCUCCGGCCCAAUCCCACUCCGGCCCAAUCCCCCUCUCUGGCCCAAUCCCCCUCUCCGUCCCAAUACCUCUCCUUUUCACAAUUUCCCUCUCUGCCCCCCUCCCCCUCUGUGUCCCAAACCACCUCUCCACCACCCUCACUCUAUCUUGCUCAACCACCCUCUGUAAGGUCCUCCCCCUUCCAUCCUCUUUCCCAAAUGGACCCUCCUUCCCCCAUCCUGACUCCUUCCCCCAUCCAGUCUCCAUCCCCCAGCCAAACACCUUCGCCACCAUCUGAAUGGGCAGCAGAGGCCACGGAGCCACUUGAGGGAGGUGGGCAAGUGGCAGAGGAAAAUGCUGCUGUUGGAGAUCCCAUAAGUAUGGGCCAAAUUCUGGAGAAUACGCGCCAGCAACUGCUUGGUUUACUACAAAAUGUGG